GCCUAUCCAGCCUCUGAAUGACGGCAAUCAGAAGCUCACGGGAGCUGAGAUGGUCCAGUCCAGAAGGUGGUGGGUGAGGCUGCUGCUCUGGCCCCUCUUCUAACAGUUCUUCGCCAAUGUUGAGUAGGAUGAACAUAUCAGAGUCCUGCAUAAGGCUGAAAUCCAGAGCUUGCGGUGCCGGGGCUGGAAGUGGUGACUGAGGCUGUUGUUCUGGGGCUGGAGGUGGUGAUGGAGGCCGUUGUGGUAGGGCUGGAGGUGGUGACGGAGGCCAUUGUGGUAGGGCUGGAGGUGGUGACGGAGGCCGUUGUGGUAGGGUUGGAGGUGGUGACGGACGCCGUUGUGGUAGGGCUGGAGGUGGUGAUGGAGGCCGUUGUGGUAGGGCUGGAGGUGGUGAUGGAGGCCGUUGUGGUAGGGCUGGAGGUGGUGACGGAGGCCGUUGUGGAAGGGCUGGAGGUGGUGAUGGAGGCCGUUGUGGUAGGGUUGGAGGUGGUGACGGAGGCCGUUGUGGUAGGGCUGGAGGUGGUGACGGAGGCCGUUGUGGUAGGGCUGGAGGUGGUGACGGAGGCCGUUGUGGUAGGGCUGGAGGUGGUGAUGGAGGCCGUUGUGGUAGGGUUGGAGGUGGUGACGGAGGCCGUUGUGGUAGGGCUGGAGGUGGUGAUGGAGGCCGUUGUGGUAGGGCUGGAGGUGGUGACGGAGGCCGUUGUGGUAGGGCUGGAGGUGGUGACGGAGGCCGUUGUGGUAGGGCUGGAGGUGGUGACGGAGGCUGUUGUGGUAGGGUUGGAGGUGGUGACGGAGGCUGUUGUGGUAGGGUUGGAGGUGGUGACGGAGGCUGUUGUGGUAGGGCUGGAGGUGGUGACCGAGGCCGUUGUGGUAGGGCUGGAGGUGGUGACGGAGGCCGUUGUGGUAGGGCUGGAGGUGGUGACGGAGGCCGUUGUGGUAGGGCUGGAGGUGGUGACGGAGGCCGUUGUGGUAGGGCUGGAGGUGGUGACGGAGGCCGUUGUGGUAGGGCUGGAGGUGGUGAUGGAGGCCGUUGUGGUAGGGUUUGAGGUGGUGACGGAGGCUGUUGUGGUAGGGUUGGAGGUGGUGACGGAGGCUCUUGUGGUAGGGCUGGAGGUGGUGACCGAGGCCAUUGUGGUAGGGCUGGAGGUGGUGACGGAGGCCGUUGUGGUAGGGCUGGAGGUGGUGACGGAGGCCGUUGUGGUAGGGCUGGAGGUGGUGACGGAGGCCGUUGUGGUAGGGUUGGAGGUGGUGACGGAGGCUGUUGUGGUAGGGCUGGAGGUGGUGACGGACUCGAGGCCGUUGUUCUGGGGCUGGAAGUGGUGACGGAGGCCGUGGACAAUACUGCUUGUUCUUUUCUGUCUUGAACCCCAACACAUAUUACAGUCU